UUUUUUUUUGGUGAUGUUGGGAACUGUUUGAAUUUUGAUGCACUGAAGGGAAGUGGGUGAAGGCAGUGUGGGAUGCAAAAGACAGGUGAGUGGAGAUGUUGUAUGGAUGUCUAUGCCACACCCUCAGUGUGCCCUUCCUCCUCUUUGCUAUUGCCACCUCUUUUGGGGAACACAGGCAGCUUCUCCAGCUCCACUGGUGAGCUGGGAAGAAGGAUUUUUCCUCCCUUCCCCAAACAACUGCUAUGGAAAACUUUUAUGGCUUGAAUGAGGAGAGCAAGUGGAAGAGACUAUUCCCCUAGACAGUGGGAAUGAGAUGAACAGCUGACAGUUGCUGUGUGCAGCUUGCGAAUCUCAGCAGUUCUGUAGUGCUGUAGAACGCAUUUUGAAGGAAAAGAGAAAUACAGGAGGUAAGGGAAAAAUAGAACAACAUGCACCAUCUUUUGAUCAGAAGUAAAUGGUUUUUUGAGGGUAAGAUUCUUGAUCUUCUUGGUAAAAGAAACAUAGCAGACUGUAUCUACAUAGACUUCAGUGAGGCACAAGAUACGGUGUCCUAGAAGAAGCAAAUUAAUGUAAAGGAUUCAGCUGAAGAAGACAGGGAUUAUUAGAGAAAUCCUCAAGCGAGUAAGAGGCCGAUGGGAUUGAGACACCAGUUCCCUAGCAGGCUGAAGAGAAGUUAGCUGUGAGGCUGAUCAAAGAUUGUACUUAGGACUGAUCUUUCUAAAUGUUUGUGUUAAUUACCUUGACACUGAAAGUAGAAACGCUACUGAAAUCUGCUGAUAUAGGAAAGCUGGGAGGUAUUGUUGGGGCAGAGGUGGACUCCAGCACCAGGAGAACUGAAGGCUCUUUACGACGGGAGUGAUUGAGAUGAGGUUUAAAUGGGAAAAUACAAAGUCACACACACUAGGACCUUGCUGCUGAGAGAGUAAUGAAAAUCUCUCUUGGCUUUUGGAAGUUCCUAGCUGGCAUGACAGAGAAGGGGAAAGUCCUGGGCAAAGGUCACCAGGGGAGGAACCAGCGAUGGGAUGUGCAGGUGGAAAUGGCAGGUGAGCUCCUAGGACACAGAAGUAUUUAUUUCCACUGGCAGCAGGUAAGAUUAAUGUUGUCCAAGAGGAUGUGAGACCCCCACCAGAGCAGUGUGUGCAGUGCUUGCCCAUGUUCAAGAAAGACGUUCAGCCUGGAACAGGUGCAAAGAAAGGCAACAGGGUGAUCAGAGGAAUGGAAAGUGUCUCUCAGCCAAGAGUAUGUUUACUUAGCAGUCACAGAAGUGACUGCAAACAGAUAUUUGAGCUGAUUUGAAAAUAGAUGAGGUACGAGUACAAGCUUUCCUACAUUCAUUAUUUUGCACUGAACUUCAUGCUACUGCAGCUACCUGAAGUAAUUAAAACACGGUGUGACGUGCCUGCAGGGUGACUACUACGAGGGAGCUUGGUUACUUAGUCUGGCAGAACAAACGUUAACAGAGGAGAGAUUUGCUGCCUAUAAAUACUUCUUAGAAUUGGGGGUUGGGCAAGUAAGUGCUAGGGAGAGAGAAGAGCUACAUAUGCUAAAGGGCAAUGUGGCAUAAGAAUAAAUAGAUAUAAAUUGGCCAUGAAUGAAUUUAGGUUGGAAAUCAGAAGGUUUCUAAGCAACAGGGCAGAGGAGGAGGUGCUGGAACAGCAUUCUAGUAACAGAAGUGAGGGCAGAAACCUAAUGAGAUUUAGGAUAGAGCUUAGUAAGUUUAGAAAAGGCCAUUUGUUUUGUACUUGCCUGUUACUCAAAGGGAUUGAAGCUGAUAAGCCAAGAGGUCCCCUUUUCAUUCUAUUUCCUGCACUUCCCUUAUUGCCUUAUCAGAGCUGCUCCCUUUCACGCAGAAGUCAGGUAAAUCCUGCACAGAGUUUCAGCAUGAUGACUUUUUCAGCAUUGAUCCCAUGGUUAUUUAAUGGAGUAUUCAUUCUGUGUCAGAGAUUUAAACAAACAAGGAGAGCAAGCCGACACAAGGCACGUAGAAGGUCUGCAAACAUGCAGUAAUGUACAUGAGAGCUCACACAGGAAAGAGCUUCUUCACAUAAAGCAGAUGCUCUUGCAGCAUCUGGCUUUGCUGUAAGGCUGUUUCAAAUGUGAGUAAACAUUCUCCUGAGAUUCGAGAACUUCAAGAGAUUGCCUGAAAGUAAAAUAUCUCACUCUGUCCUGCUGUUACAGAGAGCUUUGUGCUUGGGAAAUAUAUCAGAUCUACUGCACUGAGAAAUUUCGGACACCUCUCUGUCACCACCAGUGAUUGAGACAGAAAAUUCUUGUAGGAAGGGGAAGGAGAGAGCAGUUUGGUGGAGCUGAGCUUGAAACCACCACGCAGCUCAGUACCAGAAUGAGAAAAGAGGAAACAAGAAACAAAAAGAUGUGAAACGUCACUGUGUGCCAGCAUUGCCUGCCAAUAAAGUUUUCAGCAGGAAAAAAUGGAAGAGGACUUCAUCUUCCUGAGAAGAAAUGACCAUCUAUCCCAAAGUAUAUGCUUAGUUGUCCACAUUGUGUUACUGGAAAUCAAACGCUGCUUCCGCCUCCCAACUCUGCAGCAUCUCUGAGUAGUUGAGAAGUGCUUUGCAAAUAAUAACGCAAUAAUAAACGCACUCCUUGCUUUACAGCUGGAGGAACCAAACCGUGGAGAUCCUAAAAGAUUUGUCCACAAGAUGAACAAGCCAUUUUCAAGCAAGAAAUCCUCAUCUACCCAGCUACCAGACAUUCACCUUGUCCUAUAAAUUUCCACCUAGAUGAACUGCUGCUUCACACAAACAUAGUAUGCUUUGAUGAAUUAAGAAUCAUGGAGAAGAGAUAAUGGUGAGAUUUUGACAGUAGAGGACAAUCAUGAAAACUGGAGAAUAUACCUCAGGACUGAGGCACUAUACACAGUAAGAAAUGGGUGACUGGAGUUUCUUGGGGAACAUUUUAGAGCAGGUGAACGAGCAGUCCACUGUCAUCGGGAGAGUUUGGCUCACAGUGCUCUUCAUUUUCCGCAUCCUGAUCCUGGGAACAGCUGCUGAACUAGUAUGGGGAGAUGAACAGUCAGACUUUGUGUGCAACACCCAGCAACCUGGUUGUGAGAACGUCUGCUAUGAUGAGGCCUUCCCCAUCUCCCACAUCAGGCUCUGGGUCCUACAGAUCAUUUUUGUAUCCACGCCUUCCCUAGUCUACUUUGGGCAUGCGGUGCACCACGUCCGCAUGGAGGAGAAGAGGAAAGAGAGGGAGGAAGCUGAGAGGCGUCAGCAAGCUGAGGUGGAUGAAGAAAAGCUGCCCCUAGCUCCAAAUCAAAACAAGGGCAACAACCCUGAUGGGACCAAGAAGUUUCGCCUGGAGGGGACCCUUCUGAGAACCUACAUCUUCCAUAUUAUUUUCAAAACCCUCUUUGAAGUGGGAUUCAUAGUUGGUCAGUAUUUCCUGUAUGGCUUCCGCAUUCUCCCCCUUUACCGUUGUGGGCGGUGGCCCUGUCCCAAUCUAGUGGACUGUUUUGUCUCCAGGCCUACAGAGAAGACCAUCUUUAUUAUGUUCAUGCUUGUGGUGGCUUCUGUGUCCCUUUUCCUCAACUUGGUGGAGAUCAGUCACUUGAUCCUGAAAAGGAUCCGGAGGGCUCUGAGAAGACCAGCAGAGGAGCAAAUUGGGGAGGUGCCAGAAAAGCCCCUCCAUGCUAUUGCAGUCUCCUCCAUUCCAAAGGCCAAAGGCUACAAGCUGCUAGAAGAAGAAAAGCCAGUGUCCCACUAUUUCCCUCUCACGGAAGUAGGUGUUGAGCCCAGUCCCCUUCCAUCGGCCUUCAAUGAAUUUGAGGAGAAGAUUGGGAUGGGGCCAUUGGAAGAUCUCUCCAGGGCAUUUGAUGAGAGGUUACCAUCAUAUGCACAAGCAAAGGAACCGGAAGAGGAGAAGGUAAGAGCAGAGGAGGAAGAGGAACAAGAAGAGGAGCAGCCAGCACCUCAGGAAGAGCCAGGGGUGAAGAAAGCAGAGGAGGAGGUGGUGAGCGAUGAAGUGGAAGGGCCUUCAGCACCUGCUGAACUUUCCACCGAUGUGAGAUCCCUCAGCAGGCUAAGUAAAGCCAGCAGCCGGGCCAGGUCAGAUGAUUUGACUGUAUAAGGAUGCAGGGUAUGAGGAGCACAUGAAAAAGAAAAGAAGAAAAAGAAAAGGAGAGAGAAAGAAUCAGAAGAAUUUUAAGCAAAGUGCUAAAAUGAUCAUUUGGAUAUUAUUUCAUCUUGAGAUUCUCAACUGGAAAGGUACUAUCAUUGUAACUGUGCCUUAUUUGCCCUAUAUGUCCAUUUGAAAAGGAACAUUUUCCCUGUUUCCACAUGCCAGCUCAUUUCCUACAGUAAUAUCUACACUGUACACAUAACUGAUGUAUUUUAAAACCUAAUGUGGCAGUGAAACCCAAAUGUCACCACUGUGAAUGUAUUUACUGGAAGCUUUGUGUUCCACAUUUCUUUAGGAACGUGGGGAGGAUCUGUCUCAUGAGCCAUCUAAGGGGAAGGCUAAUAAACAACCGUAUCUAGUAUUUCUUUUUCUGUUUUCACCUAUGGCAUGCUGAGCAGAUCUCCCCUUCACAGUUGGCAUGGAUUUGCAAUUAUUUAAUUCACAAAGUGAAUUCUGUGUUCAGCAUUGCCACACUAAGACAGUAAGCACUAUUUCCCCUCUUUAUUGAGAAAGCAAAGACCAAAAAUAUCUACGAUUUCUUUGUGAAUGUGAAUUUGAGUUAGGUAAAAAUAUUUUAUUUUCCCUUUGUCAAAAAUAUUUUUGCUCUUUAAGUGACAUUGACAGUGGGCAAGGUUAACUCUAGCUCUCUUCUAGGAUUUAGCAGAUGCUCACAGAUGGAUUAUUUGUUCCCAAGAGGGUUAUUCAGCUCCAAGCUGAGCACUUCAGAGCACUGGGAAGAAAAAAAUCAAGUGAUAUUUUUUACUUAUAAUCCUGUGACUUAAAGUUCUAAAACUCAAUUUAGCAAAGCAAGUGUGGAAGUGUUUCUGUGAAAGAAGGAACAGCUACAGUUCCCAGAGCACGAAACCAAAUACAAGCCUUCACAGCAUGAUCCUGACAUGUGCUCAGUUCCUGGAGCCCCAAGACUUACAGGCACUCAGCAAAUCUCAGGUACAGCAUCCUGAAGGCACCUGUGAAUCUAAAUCACAGGUAACUAUGUGACUCUGAAAACAAAACUGGUUGUUCAAGUUUGAAAAGUCUGAUAUGAUAAUUCUGACAUCCUUUGUUUUUAAUUUGACAGACGGGAGCCAUCCAGUGGCCUACUUUGCUAUUAAAUGCCAAAGUCUCAAACAAAACAAGGCCUUUGAAAAGAUCUUUUAGAGUAGAAGAGAAAGGUAGCAUCUUAGCUUAUAUCUCUUAGAUCUUUUGUGCCAACAAGUCUGUGCAGAACUCAGAGCCUCGGUAAAUCUUUUUAGUUACAAAAGGCAGAAAAACAUGUGCUUGCAAAUGUUUAAACGUCUGUGGAUCUCUACCUUCAAGACUGCAGCAGCGCCUUUGGGCUGGGACAAUGUAGCUAUGCAUUUCAAGCUUCAGGUUAACAGCUAUGUCCCCUCUAAAACUGAGCCUCAUGCCAGAAAAGUGCAGGUAUGCACUCUCAUCUGCUCUGCUCUGCAAACCUCAGACCCUGCCAGCUCAGCGAAUUCUUUCUGCUGGGCUGCAGCCCGUUCCAUUGUUCCCAGGGCAGGCUCUAAUCCAGAUCAGGAAAAAAAGCAGUCUUUGGCAUAAUGCAUAUAACUCAUCCUGCCAUUAGCUAGAAAAGACCCCCUGCCAUCUGCCAUUGUAGCAGGGCUGACCCAAAGCCCAUUGAAGUUAGCGGGUGUCUGAGAUAGAUGUCGUAGGCUUGGGCUCAUACCUGCAGUCCUGUCAUCCUACACCCCAGCCCAGGCAACCACAGGUACACUCAGCUCUGUCACUGAUUAACCUGCUUGCUGGAGUUCAUGUGCCUUGUUUUGCAGCUGCUGCGGUCUGGCAGAAAGGUGGCUGGACUUCACUGAUGCAUGAAGUAAGCUGUACAUAUGUAUAAAGUUUGUAGGGUGUGUUGGGGUUCUUCAGCACCACAACGGUGCCACAUAUUUUUUUACACUAUUAAUCCUUUUGCUCCUCUUGGGCCUGUGUAUUUUCCCAUGGUUUGCAGCGUGCUGUCAUAAUCUUUGCCCCCUUGACAAAGGCUGUUAGGUUUUUGAGAAACAGUUCCUUAUGAAGGAAGACUGGAAGGUACCUCCUCAGUUUUGAGAAAGAAUAUGACAAAGCAAGAUAUGUGAAGGAAAAUGCGGAGGGAGAAUUUGGAAGCUACCAUCUACCCAUUCUCUUAAUACAGAAACAGGAGAAGAGUUAGCACAAAUGAAAGGCAGGUGGCAAAAGAAAACCGAGGAAAGAAGUCUUCAGCAGGAGAUUCCAUUGUGCCCAGUGCUCUUCUAGAAUCCAAGAAAGAGCAAAGAUUUAGGUGAAUAACAAAACCACCGCAUUUAUACUGUCUGGGAUGUAUUACUUUUUAACUUCACAGAGAAGAUAUAAUAGAGUUUUAAUAGUUCAAAACGUAGCAGGACUCACUCAAACUGGAAAAACCCUUCCCUGUAGGUGAAAAAAAAAAACCUGUAACUGUUCAGCGUGAAGUAUCUUCCACCUUACUGAGAGCAUCUGACCCUUCCACAUACCAGUGUACUGGGCUAGAUGAACCACCUCCCAUCCUCGUUUACUACUAACUACUUGACAAGUCCUUUUACAAAGUAUUUCAGUGACCAUCCCCGUUCCUCACCUCUGACAUGCACACCUUCAUUAGAUCAUUGGACUACUUAAAGAUGACUGCUUAUUAAUUAGAGGUACGUGGUUCAUAAUACGGAUGACAGACUACCCUGUGUUCAAUUGUAAGAUGUUGAGUGCGUCAUUCUUUUUCACUGGAGUGCCUCAGUAGAGUACAGUACAUGCAACGUACUGAACAGACGCUCUGUUGUUCUUUCACUGCUGCUGCAGGAAAGCUCAUUUCUUCCUCCAGGUCAUGACAGUGCAAUGAAUUAAGUUAAUGUUUUCCUCCUGCAUCCCGUCAACUGCUUGUUGAUUUUUUUUCAAGCCGGUUCUCAAGUACCCUGCCAAGCUGCUAAAGCCUCCAAGUAUGAGCCACGGCAUCAAGGCAGCACCUUUCAGCUAACUGGGCAGGGAACUAACAGUCAGGUUUUAUGGUAUUCAGCCUCAUCUCUGCAGUGAAAUCACUGUUGGGACUGUCAGCAAGUCAUUCUUCCCUCUUGUAUAAUUGGGAAUCAUUUUCUACCUCACGAAGACGAUGUGAGGCUCAAUAUAUUUUGUUAGUAAUAGGAUGGGAGGUCCGUGGAAGGAAGGCCCUACAGAUGAGCAAAGGAUUAUUUCUGGAUGUGAUAGCAUUUAAAUGUGUUUUAUUCCCCCCUCAGUGAGACAAAUUUAAUCGUUUAUUCAGGAAAUUCCUAGUGAAGUUGCCUAACAGCCUCAGAGCUGUGGAUUCAAAGUAUUUAAAAAAAAAUAAGUAUAACAUAUACAUAUAUAUAUGUAAAGAACAAGGAAAAUUAUCUUGGGAAGCAGACACUGGACAAGUAGAGCUAUGCUUGGAUCAUUUAAGGGUGUGUAGUAUUUCCUUGGCUCCCUGUGCAAAUAAAUCAUUAACUGAUCACAUGGCUCUCUGCAAGGAGCUUAGGAUGCAAGUGUCAAAUUCACCAAAGGAGGUUAAAAUAGAAGAGAAAGGUAGUGUCUUAGCUUAUAUUAGCAUGUGGGAGUUGGUGUUCUCUAGUGUCUAGAGCAGUGGACCUAGGAUAAUGAUCUUAGAUUUAUUUCCAGCUCUGCUACUGACUUGCUGUGAUAAUCACUUUACCUCUCGGUACCUGUUUUUUCCACCUGUAAAAUGGGUGUAAGAAUUUCCACCUACCUCACAGGGAUGUUGUGAGGCUUCCUUAAUUCUGUUUGUAAAGUAAGUAGGAAUGAUCUGAUGAAAAGCACUGCUGAAAUGCAUUGUAUCCUUGUUAUUCCUGCCAGAACUUCGAACUUGGUUAAUAUAUGACUCCUUGACCAAAAGGGCAGUAGUUUUAAAAUCUGAACACUGCACUACACUGACACCAUUAACACGGACGUGGAUUUGCCACGAGUGGAGAAGACUUUAUUGACUCCCCGCCCCAUUCUCCCAUCUUAGCUUUGGUUUGGCCAUUCGAAGCCGUGGUGACAGUGGGGUUACCUGGACCACUCUUGUCCAUCCCAGCAUCUGUUCUGUGGUAACAUUUAUGCUUAAAUAAGCUAGUUCUUGGAGGGGGGUGCAGGUUGUUGGAGCUCUUUUAAAGGUGGAACAAUUUUAAAGUCCUUGCAAGGCAUUUGGGGGAGGGUUUUAUAAUGCACAAUAUUGCUGGGCUUCUGUUUUAAAUCACUCGAUGCAAACUCCAACUGAAUUUUUCAGAAUUUAUGUGGAAAAGACUCUGUGGAAGAGUUGACAAUUGCUUAUGGCACAUAGAAAAAAAACAACAAAAAAUGACCAUGUAGCUGUAAAAACAUGAAUUUUCAUGCUACGCUGAUUAUUUGCAGUAAGUGAGACAGAUCCAGCAAUUUCUUUGUGCUGAAAAACAGUGAUGUCUAGAUUCCUUUUCCCGUAGGACAGGAGAGAUUUGAGGGGACCUCUGCUCUCCAGUUCAGUGUGAACAUGGAAUCUACUUGCUAAGGGAAGAAAGUCCAGCCUCUCCUGCCACUCAGUAACUCACUGACUCUGCAUUUUUUUCAUUUAAAGAGCAGCCAUGGUACACGAUGAAAAAAAAGUGGCAGCUUGCUGUUUUGUGUAGAAAACAGCUUUUCAAGUUGACAGCUGACAGUAAUCCCAGCCUAGGCAUAGUUUUGUUUAGUAGACAAGAGCAUCCAUGAGAACUAGACUAAAGCCUUCCUAUAAGCCUAAGGCUGUUGUGAUGAAAUGGCAUACGGUGCCAGAUUUCCUGAGGGCCAGGGCUGGAGAAAUAUACCCAAAUCAGGGGAGUUGUCCAAGUAUUGGGAUUUUUUUUUUUUUCAAACAGAAUGGUACUACGAUUUCUUAGACUCUGCAUGUGAUAUACUUUUUAACAUGGCUCAGGGAAGGAAUUUUGCCAGCACCGCUUGUGAUUAUACAGCUGAGUAGCAACCAUGGCAAAUAAAUGCAUAUUAAUGUGCCAAGACAUUGCCUGGCACACUAUUCUUUCCCUGUGACUAGCUUGGAAUACAACUGUUUCAAUAGAAGAGGCAGGACUUCUGUCUCUGUCAACAACUCAAAUUUUCCUGUGAGCAGUUUGGCGUACAGACAGUUUGAAGCCUAGAGAUGAGAGGGAUAAGGCGACAGGGAGCCCUCACAACAGCUACUUGGUGGGGAGUUAUAGGAAGAUGAAGCCAGACUAGCUACAGAGGUGCGCAGCAGAGGGCCGGAGGCAAUGAUCACAAGGAGCAGUAAGGAAAAUUUUGACUAAAAAAUUCUGACAAGGAAAACGUUGUUCAGACAGAGAGUGGUUCAGCAUUGAAAGAGGUGCCCAGAGUUACGGUGGGCUCUCCAUCCUUGGAAUAUGAAGCUUGACUGGGAAAAGCACUGAGCACGUUGGCCUGACUUUGAAAUUGGCCUUGCAUUGAGCAUGAGGUUAGACCAGCUGGUCCAUUUCAGCCUCAACCAUGUAUCCCAUGGGAGGUUGAAAGCUCAGCGAAGCCACUGUGUGGUGAAACAGCUGAUGUGGGGCAUUUUCUGCCUCUCUGGGGUGCUCUGUUAAAGCUUACUUAGAAUGUAUUAGCUGGCAACACCAACUAACCAGGCACUAUAACUGAGCCUGAUGCAUAAAAUAGUAUCAACUAAUGUUUGGUAGCUAGAAAAGCGGCUCAGGGCCAGAAACAUGUGGUGUGUAACUGGUUUGGAAAGAACACUACAAAUUAAAAUUUAUGAGUAAGCUUGUCAGCUGAGAAAAUCACAGAAAUAUAAGGGGCUUAGGUAUUUCCAGCUCCCUCUCAGUCUCAGCUGUGUCUUUAAAUCCAUCUGAAAAUGUAGAGGACUGCAUUUUAAAGUUCUGUCAACAAAAAACCUCUGCGCUUUAAAGCUUGCUGAUCUGGGAUGAAGCAGAAGUGAAUAGAAAUGGCGAUUACAGAGCUUCUGACAACAUUUCAAAAAAAACAAAGGCUGUUGGCCUUUGCCUUGCUGGAUCCAGCCUAGCACAGUAAAAGCAAAACAAACCAUUUAUUAUUUUUUCUAGGAGUUAAGGCUAUAGUGCUCGGAGAAAUCAUGGAGUAGCCUACCAGAAAAAUUUAUACAUCAAUGCAGCAAAGAAUUUGUGGAGAAACAUUAAACAGAAAAGUUGGCUCCUAUUGAAUUUCUCUGAUGUUCAGUGGAGAGCAGGAUGGAAAGAUAAUCAGAACAAUGAUACAAAGUUUCAUUGGAUUCAAUGGUCAACAAAUGAGCACAGGAAAAAAUUCUGGCCUACAGGCAGCUUCUGAGUAGAGUUCCCGCAGGAGGGCAGCUUGGUGCUCCAACCUAGGGGCAGCUGCAGACAAACGCCAAUGCUGAGAAGCCUGUGAGCCUAUAAUCUGGGUGCCUCAUGGCAAGGGUAAGGCAAGCCAAUGUGAACAGCAAAUUAAACCUUGCCUAUUACCAAAUCUGAUAUUGCUGGAUUUUCAAGAAGGUCAGCAACUUGAAAAUAAUCUAGCUUUUAUGGGCUGGAUCCUGGAUUUAUCUGACAGAACCAAAAACCAGAAAUAUCAUGUACUAAGCUUUUUUUUUUCUUCUUCUUCUUUUUUUCUUUUUCAAAUCAUUCAACCAAGGCGUAUGAAAAACUACUGGGACAAAAAUGCUCAGAUACAUUUCUCAAUACAUAUAUGUUAGUCCAAAGAAAAGCCAUAGACAACCCUGCAAAAUAAUUAAUCUACUGUCAGUGAGAAUCAAGACCCAGAACUCACCACAAAUAAAUUAAAAAUAAAUUCAGAAAUCUGAAUGAUGUUGAAUUGCUCCCAGCUUCAGAGCUCCUGCUUAUGAAAAACUCUGGAGAGAAAAGAAAUGAAAAUGGAUGGCCAGCUGCCAGCUAAGCCUAUUAUUCACAAAUAUGCCCUGUAGCACGUUCUGGAAGUCUAUGCUAUCUCUAAAUAUAUUCCACCCCAACAAACUGUUUUAAUUCAGUAUGCUCCACCUUUCCACUUUACUUUAAAGGCUUUAAUCUAGUUCUCACAAUGAACUGAACAUACAAUACCCACAUUCACACUUUAAUAUGUGCAAGAAUAGAAGAUGGAGCUAAGCAGAAACCUGCAAUGCACUGACCAGCCUCCUUUCCUCAUGAGCUGCCUCCCUGCUCAAGCCACUGUCAUCUACACUAUGUCUGGUGAAACCACCCACCUGUCACAGCUGGGAAGCUGCCAUGGGCCCUUCUGUCCACACAUGCACACCAAUGGCUGCCUAAGGAGGAACAAUAUGGAAUAUUUUUCCAUUUUCUUAUUACACUUUUUGUCUUCCCUGGAGGAGAAGCCUUGGGGUGGGGGUGGAAGGGUGGAUCUGAGGUUUUCCAACAGGAAUCAUCUUCUUCCCUGUGUGUUUCUUGCAAGAAUCAGGGAUCAGUAAUUUAUAGCUUAGCACAGGCAUGUGCCAAGCCUAUUUGUAAAUACAUGCAGUGAAGAAAGUUUAAAAAGAUACAACCAAACUCUGUCUUGUUUUUUCUUUUUCCCUUGUUUUUGAAGUGAUCCAAGUUGUCAGGGUUAAACAAGACCAGAAUUUGGCUUUGAACAAUUUAAUCUUGACAGGAUUCCCAUCUAACUUCUGUCUCUGGAAAUCAGCGGACCAACCAACCUACCUUUCCCCAAGAGCUACUGCUGCAGAACAGAACAACCACAGGUCCCCCAAACUCAGCAGGCUCAUCACUUUAGGAAAGAUCAGUUUCUAGCAGUAGGCACAGAAAGAAUGAGUGGGGAGGGAAGCUCUGAUCUCAGCUCGAUGUUAACUGGCAGCAAUACCAGAAGCUGUAAAAGAGGGCCUCGGAUCAGACACAGUAAUUUGCUCCUUCAGUUCAUUUGCCCAUGAAAACUGAAUGUUUUUUUUUUGUCUUUGCAAUGCUGUAGACAAGGAGACAGAUUUCAAAACAUGAUGACUGACAGCAAGAUAGAAAGCCAAACUAUCAAAGAGACUGUGGGACUAAUCCGAUGACUCAACACAACCACACAUAGAAUCGUUUUUCUAGUGAAAUGAGUUGUAAUGAAUAAAGGAUCCUGAUUUUCACU